CCCAUAGUGAAAGAGAGUUGAAGGGUGUUGGGUCUUACGGCUCUUCCAUAGUGAAAGAGAGUUGGAGGGUGUUGGGUCUUACGGCUCUUACGGCUCUUCCAUAGUGAAAAAGAGUUGGAGGGUGUUGGGUCUUACGGCUCUUACGGCUCUUACAUAGUGAAAGAGAGUUGGAGAGUGUUGGGUCUUACGGCUCUUACGGCUCUUCCAUAGUGAAAGAGAGUUGGAGGGUGUUGGGUCUUACGGGACUAACGCCUCUUUUCUCUUUUAUAUCAUGUUGGCAACACGUGAGUGCAGACUGUUCCAGGUUUUCAAUGCCCACGGGUGGAUAGGCUGCCUUCAUCUCUUACGUCUCUUACUUUCUUUUUGGUGCAUCAUCAUUUUGUAUGGAACUUACAUUUCUUUCGUUCUUUUCUUUUUUACUUGCGGAAGAUACGUCUCUUAUUAGUUUUUGCUGGUGGUAUGCUUAUUUGCGCAUAGUGAGGGAGUCGCACCCUAUUGCUGGAGUGGUUCUUUUCAUUUUGUUCCAUGUUUCGCCGAAGGAUAUUGCGGCUAUCGGUUUGGGAGAUGUAGAGAGUGUUUGAGCAUUUCGAUUGUUAGUGGUGGUAGCCCGUAGAUAGGUGAACGGCUAUGCUUUCUCGGUUUGCUGCCUCGUGGCCGGUCGGCGACGAAAUAAACCGGCAAAGAGGGCCCACUCGCGCUUCUGCUCAAGUUUCAGCAAAAGAUCAGAGAGAUUUAAUUGGCGUUUCUCUUGCUGUUCCACGGCUUUCUCGGUUGAUCUUACGAGAGAGGUGGUGCAGGAAGGUCGUGUUGGUGACGCCGGUGGCCGGCGUAGCUCCGGUGGCGAGUCCGGAGAUGCGGCGUGAGGUGAGGCAGAGUGGCUGCUGUGCCGCUGCUACUGCUGCUCGAAAAGAGAGUUUACAAUCUGGGAAACGGAGGGAGGGUGGUGUUUCACGGUGGUGGCGCGGCAAGCGAAGCGGCGAUGCGACGGGGCGGCGCGGCCGAGCUUGCUUGCUGCUGCUGCUCUCGGCGGCUGCUGCCGCUUUCGCUCGGCUGCUGCUUCCGCUGUAGCUUCUGAUUGCUGCCGCUGCUGUGGUGCCGUGGAGGAGCUGCGGUGGAGAUGGAGACGGUGGAAAGUGGCGGCAGCUGGUGUUGAUGGCGGCGGCAGGAUCCUUAAGCGAGAGAGAGAGAGAAAGUUUAGCGUUGUGUGCUGCGCGUGUGAGAGUGAGAGGUAGGGUAGAUGGUCUAGCUAGAGUUUUACUUUAUAAAAGUUGCAUGGCUAGCAUGUAGAAAAAUAGGUAGUCAUAUAGUAGAUGUCGUGACUUAAGUGUUUGAACAGUUGUACUUCAUGAUCCUAAAUUUUUAUUAAUUGAGCUUUGAAUUUAUUUGGAGUCCGUCCGUAGUCUUUUUUCUUGUCUAUAUAGUGGAUAGUGGGGAGCUUGUCUCCUCAUUUCCUACGGAGCAUUUGAAAGUUGGAGUUUUUGGAGGAAGGAGGAGUGGAGAGAAGAUUUUUUGGGAGAGCUUUGGAGGUUGGUUUUUUCUCUCCACUUUCUUUGAAUGUUCUUCAAGUGUUCUUUAAAUAUUCUAAGCAUGAAUACUUGUAGUUUUUGUCGUAUUGUGCCUUUGGAUGACUUUGAUUAUUCGUUUGUAGAAGUAGUGUUUGAUCUAUGCCAUCUAUUUUUAAAUGCGUUUUUAAUGUUUGUAGAAGCAUGUAGAAUUUUUUACUAAGUAAAAAAUGAUAGUUUAGAGCUUAUGUGGGUGCUUCGGGUUGAUACGGUUGAGUACUGAGUGUGUAGAUGACGUUCCUUUGAAUAUUUAUGCAAUUCCUUCGUAUGUGCUGUUAUGGGCGCCGAUCCUUUACAUAAAUUGCUCAAGUACGCACGUAGCUAAGCGGGUAGCUUGCGAUCGGGCGAACCGGUCUAUCGAACUUCAUAUUAUUUAUUUUUUGCAACUAUGUCGUCGGGUGAUCGGGGUAAUACGUUUACUUGAACUUUUAGAAUUUAUCAUGUUCUAGGAUAUCUGCGUGCUAUGUUGGGUAAUCGGGGAGGUUCGGUUGGUUCAUCGAGUAGGAUGCAGCUCCCGUCUGAUGAUAUAGACUAUUGUGCUGACGAGAGCGCGGACAUCCUGGAUCGAGAGAUUGAAGUUUGGCAGGGUGAUCACGGUAGUUACGAUGGUGGUAGUGGUUUUGGAGUUCACAGUGAAGGGCUCAUUCCAGGGGCGGUGCCAGUAAUGUCGUUCCUCUUUAACGAUAAUCCCGAGUCAUUCUUCAAGGACACGCGGCAACUACACGUCCUUCGGAAGUCCUACAGUAUUCCAAAUCAUGUCGCUCUUCAUGCUCCGGGUAGGCAAAUGCGAGCAAAUUUCUAUGCUCCAGGAUGGGUGUGUUUGUAUCAAGCACCGUUCGAACAGGGAAUGCGGCUUCCUCUACCCCGCUUGGUUAUUGAUUUUUGCCAUUAUCAUUGCCUUUCGCCCGGGCAACUUACGCCAAACUCUUGGCGGUUGUUAUUGAGUUUACAGGUAUUCAGUGAAUUACAUGGUUUCGACAUCUCCAUCGCCGAUGUAAAGAGCACUUAUGAUCUUCUGAAAGUUCCAAAGGACAAAGGUCGUUACAAGUUAUGUAGGAAUAAAGGUUGUGAGCCUUUGAUUACGGACAUGGAUGAUGGUGAAAGGGCUUGGAAGAGUAAAUAUUUUUUCGUUGAAUACGGUGCUUUGUGUAUUCCGGAAGGGAAGAGAGUCCCUUCUGUUUGGUCUAAUCCUAGUUGUUUGAAAACUAUCCCUGUAGUGUUGGAUUUGGUUGAGCGGAACAAUCGGUUUCUUCAGUACCCUCCUCCAUAUCGGAGUUGGAGGGUUAUUCUUCACGAUUUGAACAUUAGGCAGUCGUCGAUUUGGGCUCAAGUUCCUGCUCCUCCGGAAGGUACAUUCAUCCCUAAAACUCUUGCAGAAACUAGUGUCGUGGUAGGUCUCCGCUCUUUGGAAAUUUUGCGGGUGAAACAGGCUUAUAAAAAUUUGGCUGAACUGACCCCGGAGCAACGAGUAUAUGCAGACGGUUGGAUGGCUGAUUUGAAGUUUCACUAUAAUCCGAAUGAGGUCGACACUGACGCCUUCGUGGCGAGACAACUGAAGAGGAAGAAGAAGAAGCAGGCAUCAAGCUCGGGUGUGCCAACAGAGCCGCCUAUUGUGACUGAUGCACCGCGAUCUGACGUCCUCUCCGGUCGCUCCUCACGGAAACGGACUCCCACACCUGAUGAUGGUUGCUUAUCCGAUGGUUCUGUUCACGUAGUUCUACCUGUUGGUGCUUCGGCUCAUACCGAGUACAACGCGCUGUCAGGUCAGCUCGAAAAGCUCUUACUUGAAGAGGAUCGGGCUGUUUUGAACAACUAUGGGGAUGACGAAGCCUAUGACGUGUUCGCCUCUUCGGCCUUCGCGCACUAUCAGCAUGCUAUCUUUAUGAAGCAGGCUAGGCUUGAGCACAAACGGCAACUACAGGAUGUUCGUGCUGCUAAGGCUAGGAUAGAGAACGAGCUUGUGGAAGCUCAGAAGUUGGUCAAGCAAGGCCAGGCGGACCUGGAGUCCUUGGAAGCGUCUCUUCAGGCUCAAUUGGCUUCGAAAGAUGAGGAAAUCAGUCGUCUGAAGGCUGAACUGGCGGAGAUGGAGAAAAAUCGGGAGCUAGAGCUUCUCGAUGCUUGCCAUGAGGCUGUGCUCAAGUCCCGGGCUGAUAUGAGUCAGGAGGUCUUGGAUGGGUCUUACAAGACUUGGGACAAUGCUGAGAACAUUCGACAGUGGAAGGUGUAUCAAGACAAGCUUUCUGGGGUGGCCUCUUCAGGCGACGUCGACGGCGACGAGUGAUGUUGUCGUUUCCUUAACUCUGCUUUGGUUGGGCGUGUGUGCCUCUAAUAUCUUAUGUGUAAUUUAGGCAUUCGUGCCUUCAGACUUUGUUAAUUUUGCAUAGGGUGUAUGCAUCCUUGGAUUCUUACUAGUUUAAGCCUACGCCAUUGGGCUGGACUUAAAUUUUUUCUUGUAUUCACGAGAAUGAUUUUUCCGGAGUGUCCGGAUCGCCGGGGGGUUUGCCCCUUGGAUCGGCUAUAUAUGACUGUUUUAU